GACGGACCCCUGGUGCUCAGAGCAGGACCCCAGGGUGGCAGUUGGAGGUCGCGCGGCCGAGAGACAGAGACGGUCGCCAUGUUACGUCUGAUGUACCAGCAGGCCAAGAGGCACCCGAGCUUGGUUCCUUUGUUUGCCUUCAUUGGGAUUGGAAGUUUCGGUGCAGGCGGUUACCUCCUCCGCCUUGCUCUCCGCAACCCUGAUGUUUGCUGGGAUCACAAGAACAACCCUGAGCCAUGGAAUCGACAGGAUGCCACUCACCAAUACAAGUUCUAUGCUGUGAACCUGGACUACAGUAAACUGAAGAAGGACAGGCCAGAUUUCUAAUGUUGAAGAUCAUGUAAACUAUCAAUGGUAUUGCCAGCCUACGAAGCAAUCCGCACAAUGAUACAUCUUACUGGGAUCUCACAAUAAUAUGUUAUUGCUAUGUUUACAUAGUCGUUUUCCUUAAUUAUGUAUAUAUGGAAUGCUCACAUCAAUAAACGUUGGAGAGCUGCAGUUACAUUUACUUGAAUGUUGCUGUUAUAAA